CAUAUACAGAGAAAGUCUGGUAUCGGUUAGCUGUUGAUAUACGCAGACCAUUCCUCCCAUACCGACUGCGGGGCACCGACAACAGGCAAAGCCCUCCCCAGAUUCUCACUAGGAUCUUCUCUUCCCUGUUGGAGAAUUUCUCCACCCCCCACAUCCAGCAGCCAUGGCAGAUGAUGCGGACAUGCGCAAUGAGCUGUCAGACAUGCAGCAACGUGCUGACCAGCUUGCCGAUGAGUCACUGGAGAGCACUCGUCGUAUGCUGCAGCUGGUGGAAGAGAGCAAAGAUGCCGGCAUCAGGACUUUGGUUAUGCUGGACGAGCAGGGAGAGCAACUGGAGCGCAUCGAGGAGGGGAUGGACCAAAUCAAUAAGGACAUGAAGGAUGCAGAAAAGAAUUUGAACAAUCUAGGGAAAUUCUGUGGUCUUUGCUCCUGUCCAUGUAACAAGAUGAAGAGUGGAGCCAGCAAGGCCUGGGGGAACAACCAGGAUGGGGUUGUGGCCAGCCAGCCUGCCCGCGUGGUUGACGAGCGUGAACAGAUGGCCAUCAGUGGAGGUUUCAUCCGCAGGGUAACAGACGAUGCCCGGGAAAAUGAGAUGGACGAGAACCUGGAACAGGUGGGUGGCAUCAUCGGUAACUUGCGCCACAUGGCCCUGGACAUGGGCAAUGAGAUCGACACCCAGAACCGCCAGAUUGACAGGAUCAUGGAGAAGGCUGAUUCCAACAAGACCAGGAUUGAUGAGGCCAACCAGCGUGCCACAAAGAUGCUGGGCAGUGGCUAAACGCCCUGAGUCCA